CUAUUGAGUGCAAGUUAAGGUGUUUAUCUUUCUAAAUAUGAUGUCUUGACAUUUUUAUCCACAAUAAUUCCUGAAACAAUUUAAUUUUGAGCAAAAUAAACAUUUUAUGAGUUGUGUCAAUAUUAAAGAGACCUUCUUCAAUUGUUUUCAUUAUAACACCGGCUUCCCAUAUUAUUUGUAUUUGUGUAAUUGAUUGGGCAGUAGCGAUUGAUGACAGAAACCAAAUUUUUUACGGUCAUCACCAAAGUAAAAGUAUAUAAAGACUUUACUUUUAUAAAACUCACCUAGACCAAAAGACCCUAAAUAAAAAUACUACUAUUAUUAUAUGUCUGUAUUAUAAUAUCUGCCCAAGUGAUUAUAAAGAGCCAUUUUUGGGCAUUCCAUUACAGCACCAGGAAGUGAACUGUCAUCGUUCUGACAAUCAGAAUGCAGAUCCUUUAUUGAUUCAACAAAGUCAAAUUAGUCGAUUAAUGUGAACACCUACACAAACACAAACCAAGAGAGAGAGAAAGUCAAGUAGCUAGAGAUGCCGUUGGAGCGUGGAGAAAAUUCUAGUUCUAACUCAACGAUAGCUGAUCAGCUUAGAAGUUCUCUAGAUAAGAAAAUCGAAGACAACACAAAAAAUAUUGAACACGCCCCUAGAGAUCUCGUCAUAAAAAGAGUCCCCAAUAUGCUUCGUGAAGAAAAUGAAAAAGCUUAUACCCCUAGUGUUGUAUCUAUUGGACCUCUUCACAGUGGAAACGAAUAUCUACAAGCAAUGGAGGCUGACAAAUUGAGGUACAUGUGUUUCCUAUUUGAAAGAACUCAGAAUCCAGAGGAAACACGUAAAGAAUGUGAGGCAGCUAUGUUAAACAUGCAAAACACUUUGAAGAAAUGCUAUCCAGAUCACUUCAAGGAAAAUGCUGAAAAUGUUACCAUCACCAAUCUUCUAGGAAUGAUAUUAAUUGAUGGUUGCUUCAUUAUGGAACUUGUAUACAGGCAUCACAAAAAGGAACAGGACAACCCCAUCUUGCAUAAUCCUUUAAGGUACUCUGCCGUCCAACGUGACUUGCUACUACUCGAGAACCAGAUUCCCUUCAAAGUUCUUGAAGAAUUGUUCAGACUGACGGUGACACGUCUCCCAGCAACUGCAACUACAAGUGAAGGUAUCCCACCAGGUGUAAGUGGGAGCGUCCGAUCAUCAUUCCGUAUCCGUACCUUUAGCCGUACCCCUAACACUACCCCUACUCCUGCACCUGUCCCUAACGCUUCCCUUAUUGAAUAUCUCCUUGGAUUCUUUGGUGAUAUAAUGGGGUUAGGAGACACUGGUGACAUAACUAUAAAAAAUGAGGAAGCUCCUCUGCAUAUACUCCAUCUCAUAUACAUUUGCUACCAACCUCCUGUUUCUGUGAAGGAUCCCCGAGGAGGAGGGGGAGGGGGAGAGGGAGAGGAGCAACCAGUGGGAUACCAAGGUGCAACAGCAACACAACUUCGCAUUACAGGAAUCAAGCUGCGGAAGAGUAAUAAUAAAAGAGGAUUCAACCUGUUCGAUGUGAAGUUUCUCAAUCAUGAUAGUUAUGUUUUUUUUUGGCGAGGCCGUCUUGAAAUCCCACGUUUCUCCAUCCAUAAUUUCACAGAGUCAUUCUUGAGAAACCUCAUUGCUUUCGAGCAAUGUAAUCCAUGGAUUAAGAUCAGUUAUUUCACGUCGCACGCAUUCCUUAUGGAUAUCCUCAUGGACUCCGUGGAGGACGUUCAAAUUCUUGAAAAUGCAGGAGUCAUAUGUAACCAUUUGGGUACAAGUGAAUCUGUGUUGAAAAUCUUCAACGGUAUUUGCAGGAAUGCUGCUGUUCCCCGACAUUUCUAUUACGGUGACCUAUUGUAUCAGAUGAAGCGUUUCCGCAAAACUUGGAGGAAAGAAUUGGGGACGUUGAAACGUAAUUGUGCUGGUAAUUUAUGGAUAGUGUUGUCGGUCAUUGCUGCAUUUGUCCUUUUUGUGCUCACGCUUUUGCAGACCAUCUACACAAUAUGUUCUUAUGAAAAAUCCUAAUGCCUCAAUCCACAUGGAAUGUCGUCUUUAAUUAUAAAAUAUUAUAUACUAGUUGUAAUAAUUUUAUAUAUAUCACCACCUAUGUACUGUCAUCUUUAGGAUUUCUCUUUCGCAAACAUUAGAGUGACCUUUUUAAUCUCUGUGAUUUGUCGCAUUAUUUGGGCCUUCAAUAAUAAUCUUUGUAUCU